AUGGCGGCACUGUGGCGUCAGCGUUUGGCUCCCGAGGCAAUUGCGGGAGCCAGAGGCAGAGCCCUCCGCGGUGCAGCAGUGCCACUGGCGCUCUUGGCACUGCUUGCCGCGUUGUCUGGCGCAGCGGCGUUCACGGGCCUGCAUGCACAGCCUUCACCAGCGAAGACUCCGAGAAGCGGACUGCAGUUCAACGAAGACAUCAAGAACAUAGUCGCACCCAAGCGUGGUCGCCGUAAGCAGACUGAAGAGGAAGAGGAGGAGGCGGAGGAAAGGCGACGACAGGCUGAGGAACGUGCCGAAAAGAUACGGCAGAUGGAGGAAUUGGAGGAACAGGAGUCCGGCGUUGUGACCCCUGUGCUCUACAACGUCGCCCAGAGGUUCUCUCGUCUGUCGCGGCAGGAUCUGGGCCGAAGCCUUGCCAUGAGGAGAUGGAUCAAGAAGGGCAAAGAUCAGGGUUUCACGACGGUGCCCUUCUCUGCCGCCCUGCGUCACGUGGUGCCGAAUCCAGACGUGGAUGUGGCGCUGGUGAGUCGCAGAGAACAGACGGACAGAAUGAGCAAGGCUUGGCAAGCGAAGCUCGAGGAGCUGCCCCUCUUCGACAUCGCGGGUCUGGCUGCGACCCCCGAGGAUCUGGAUCCCAUGGAGCCGGAUUGGGAAGCACCCUUGGAUGAGUUGCCGACGGACGAGGAGCUCAAGCAAGAUCUCCAGGAUGAGAGAGUGCUACAGGCGAUGCAGCGGCGCUUCCAGCGCAGCGAGGAAGACCUUGCACGUUUGGCAGAGGAUGGCAGCGGUGCCCGAGUCCUCCGUGAGAUCCUGGCAGAGCUCCCGGCGUCCAUGCUGACCGAGGAGAACAGGCAGCUGAUCCGUGAAACGGUGCAGCAGGUGCUCGCCGUCAUGUGGGCGGUGCACGCCACGACGAAUUCCACACAGCUAAGGUGGCGCCUGGCCUGCACAGACGACAAGUUGGAGGCCCCUACUCCGGACACAUCACUGCGAGCUGUCUUGCUCCUGGCUGGAGAAAUGCUGGAGUUCAUUCCCCAGCAGCUGGUCGACCGUGAGAAGGUCUCUGCCGAGCAGCUGCUUUCCGCCGAGCAGAUCCGGCGGAUGGACUCACAGGCCUGGGCUGCCAGCUUGGCCAAGUCUGGUGUCAAUGCAUCCCAGGCUUGCAAGCAAGUCCCUCCGGGCUGGCUGACCGUGCUGAAAGGGGAGAGCUGGCCGGGAAUGAAGGACCGAGGCGCGGUGUACCGGCUGCCGCAGUCGGGCAAGCGACUCUACAUCGAGGUGGAGCUCGUCCGAGGGCCAAAGGCAGACCCAGGAAGCAAGGGCUUCCGGGGUGGGGCGACUGACGACGAGUCCGAGCAGGAGUAUCGCCCUUCCUUCUUGGAAAGCUUUGGGCCUGCUGCUGGACUGGCAGCUUUCCUGUUCGGCCUGGCACAGCAGACCUUUUUCUUCAAGGCAGGUAGAUCCCGACGUAUGGAGCUGGACAAGACUCUGCGUGCGCUGCAGCGGCGGCCGGAGGAGUCGGCCGAAGCGGAGGCGGCGCGCCUCCAGGGCCUGGAGCAGACCUUGUUUACGGACAUGGAGGUCGACGAGUACCCAGUCGUGCUCGUGGUUGGUGCUGAGAGCGAGACGGGGCAGGUUGUGCUGAGGAAGCUUGUGACUAGCGGGUACCCUUGCGUGGUCCUCAAGAGUGGCGACAACGAGGAAUCCCUGGGAAGCGAACUGUCAGAAGGCACCAGCUACCUUACGGUGACGGCUCAGACGCGUGGCUUCCCUGGUACUCGCAGCAACCCCGGAGGUCCGAUCGGAACAGUCCCGGACAGCCUUUACGACGCAGUCGCGGGGGUGGACAAGCUUGUCAUCUGCGACUGCGACGAGCCCAACGAGGAAUUUGGCGAGGUGGUGAGCAAUGUGCUUCGAUCAUGGCAAAUCUACCGCCAGGACUUUGCGGAGAAGCAGAAGGCUUUCAGCAGCAAGGUGCAGGUCUUCAACUUCGAUCGGCAGACAGAUUUCGAGCUCUGGGAUCUGGAGCGGCAGUACCCCUCCGACAUGUGUUAUGGUAUCCAGCGUGCAGGCUGGACGCGCGACUCGUUUGGAGAAGCUCUCUUCGUUGGCCAAUUCUUCGAGGACAUGGGCCAAUGCCAGCUCCGGUCGCCAAGACUGAAGCUGAACUUCUCCAAGUUCGGAGGGCUCAUCAUCAGAGUCUACAAUCAAGCGGUCAAUAACAAGUUUUCCUGGUUCUUGCGAACCUCGGAUUUCGAGCAGACGCGGGUUCAGUUCGAGUUCGACUUCGUGUGCGAGGCUAGCUCCUGGUGCAGCUUCCGAAUGCCUUUCUCUGCCUUCAAGCCCGUUCGAGCGGAUGGUGUGCCCCUUGACGACCCGGAGGAGUUUCAGCUCCGACGAGAGGAUGUGGUGCAGAUGGGUGUUUCCUUCCGCACCGAGGGCGUUCCCGUGCAGUACAGAGGUGACCGCAUGAAUUAUUUCUCAUUGAAGAUCGAGGGCAUCAGAGCCUUCCGCCUCCAGAAAGAGCCGCAGGUGGUGUAUGCCGGCCGCCUGGAUGAUGUAGCGCCGACAGUGCAAGAGGCAGAGGCAGACCAGCCUUUUGUUGAUCCAGGAGACAGGCCCAGAGAGGGCCCGUACAACGGCCUCUGGACGCGGCCGAAGACGGGUGCCGAGGCCGUGAUUGGCAGUGGCUUGGCCUUCAGCCUCCUGCGAGUCAAAGGCUUCAACGAUCAUCCUGGUGGCAAGUUCCCAGUCGUGCUUAACCAGGCUCCGCUGCAUAGGCCGCAUCUCUCCUUCCAUUCUGAGACUGUCCGCUCCAUCUCUCGCGGAGAUGUGGCUGCGCUGCUGGUUUCCGCCAUGUCAGAGCCGAACUGCGUGAACACAGAGAUCAUUGCAGGCGAGGCAUCCGAGGGCGCCGAGGAGUCCAGCGCUCAACAGGUGGAGAUCACCUCGACGCUGCAGGAAGACGUGAGAGGCUACUUGAAGCAACUUACGCCAAAUAGAUGA